CAUGCAUCCUCCUCGACCUCUCCAGGCCACCGCUUGCGUCCUUUUCUCUUUACCAACUGUCGACUGAUUGCACCGUCUCAAUUGCGUUACCUCUCUCUUGAACUUGGACAGGCUGUCAGCCAGUAGGCUGUCUCCUAGUACCCGCAGCUCCCGGGUGGGCUCCUAGUGGUCACCCUUGUAUUAUGAACAUUAAAGCGCAGGCUAUUUGCAUUCUACCACCAUGACAAUCGAAGCGAUGAGUCUCUCUGCCUUGAAAAAGGCCAAGAACACAAUCAUAGGCAACCCCACCGCUAAACACGCCAUGGCCAACGAUGAGGCGUUGAUCGGAACCCUCGUCGACUUCAUCAACAACCCGCCCCUGAUAUUAGAGGACCCUUCGUCGUCGCAGGACGAUAUCCGCAUCGAGGCCGCACAUGUUAUUGCCUCGCUGUCCUAUGGCUCCGAGGAUGCGCUCAAGACUCUUAUGAGAUACAAUGCCCACCAAGCCUUCGUCUACGCAAUAGCCAGCUUCCGACCACCUGACUCGCCCAAGCUUCGUGCGGCCUUUGCACGCGCUCUGCGUGCGCUGGCGGCGUCCAUUGCCGAUGCAGUCGGACCGUCACAAUGGGGCUUGCAUACCGCUUCUUCAGAAGUGCGCAACGAAGCCAAGGUUGCGCUGGACUACCUCUUCCAGGUAAUAUGCUCUAUCCUGGUGCACACGACUUUGUUCAAUGACAUGUUCACCCCAUUUGCUCCCCAGCCCGAAGUAUUGGACAUCUUUUUGCCUCUACUCGCGGAUCCCUCUGCGCAAACUGUGAUAUCGAUAGCACAACUCCUCGCAAAUGCAAUUCGGGUGCCAAUCCAUCGUGUGGCAGUAUCAGAUUGGUUGCCGGUGGCAGAUCGCCUGAAGGAGGUGAAAGGCAAGAGAGGGUGGGAGAAGCCUGGUUUAUCGAGCUCUCCCAGGAGAAGAAACGGCUGGGUCAUGCGAAGUUUGAUUGCUCUGCUGCAGAAGAAAGAUAUCAAGUCGCAAGAAGCUGCCCUCUCUGCGCUCGCUUGUCUGGCAAAGGACAAUCCUCCAGUGGCAUCGGAGUUGACCAAGGCCAUUCUAGACGGAGAAGCGCCGCUCUCACAAGUGCUCGCUUAUUGCACAUCACGUUGCACUGACCUUCAGCUCGCCGCAUGUCUAUGCGCAAUGCAGAUAAUCCGCUCCGGGUUCCCCCACCGUGGCCCAUGGACAGACGACUCUCCCGCGCUGACGGUGAUGUAUGUCGUCAACCGUUCCAUGGCGUCGGAGUCUGAUUCGGCGCAGACGCGCACGAGGGCAUGCUUCAUCUUAGGCAGCCUUGUCAGCGACAAUAAGGAGCUGUGCGACCUGGCCUUCCAGCGCGGCUCUCUUGACAAACUAGCCGCGCUGAUCAAGCAUAUCACACCCACCGAGAAGAAUCCGGAGUUGGAGGAGGAUGAGCCGGAGAGCGUCUCUUGUCUCAGAGAGGCUGCCCUCACGGCAGUAGCGAUGCUCUCACUCUUCAAUGAUGACAUCCGUUGCGCUGUGGCAGGCCAGCUCGGGCUGAUCCCUGCCAUACAAAUCUCGCUCUCUCAUCCGCACAUCGGUAUACGCUACGCCGCAUGCCAGUGUGUACGCGCCAUCAGCCGCUCUGUUGCUGUAUUGCGCACAAACAUGAUCGACAGCGGGCUCGGCAUGGCCGCGUACCAGGUGUUCCAGAAGCAAGUCGAGGACAGGCGAAUCACUUUCGCCGCAUCUUCGGUUGUGUGUAAUCUCGUCAAUGAGUGCUCACCAUUACGGACGAUGCUGCUCGAGGAGGGAUUACUGGACCGGCUGAAGCAACUAUUAAACUCUGAGGAGCAGGCGCUGAGAGUGAAUGCCCUCUGGGCUAUGAAGAAUUUACUGUAUCAUAGCUCGUUGCAAGUGAAGCGGGAUGUCAUGCGUGCCAUUCGUUGGGAGAAUCUUCCAAAGCUGUUGUCCGAUCCAGAUCCCGCCAUACAGGAGCAGGCGUUCCACAUCGUGCGUCACAUUGCAGAUGGGCAAGAGGAUGUUGAGAUGGUCUUUGAUGAGUUGGGAAGCGAUGUGUUGCUGAGCUUCUUGGCAAUCGCGAUGGAAUCUGACAAUGAAGACGUGCUGCAUCAGGCCGUCUGCGUACUCGCGAACCUAGCAAACAGCUCGCCUCAUCAGAACAGCAUACUGUCACACUCACGCAUCCUAGCGGCGCUGAAGCAAUGUCUCGUUGAUGCCAAGGUAGAAGUCCGUCGCCCGGCAGUGGCAUGUGUCCUGGAGCUGGCGAAGAUCAAUCCGCGGAGUCACAAGCAAUUACACGACGCGGGCAUCGACUCGACGCUCAGGCACCUGUGCGAGUACAGCGGGGCUGUCAGCGGUAGCCCUACCAGGCGAUAUAUGCAUGCGGUGGAUUUGCAGAUGUCGAUGGAAGACGAGGUUAGGGAGAAGGCUCGCGAAGCGCUGCACUGGCUAGAGCACAACGUGGAGAUGAGUGUCUGACUGGUCGUAUAUAGCAUUUGCACGAGCAUGGCUCAUCUGUCUAAUGCACUGUCACAUAUCUUGGCUAAUGUUGUACAAUUAUACCUCUGGGCUCUCUGAUCUUGCGCCUUGCUCGAUCUGCUCUUGCGAUAGCCAGUACUCAACCAACGCCUUGCCCAAUUCCCUUCCCAAUACGAGCGCCAAUGGUACAGGCACUGCGUUUCCAAUCUGGCGAUAUUGCUGCCGAAGGAGCCGACCCAGAAA